AUGGAGCGACAGUCGGGAUCCAAUAGCCUGGAAAAUAUACGUAUCUCGUAUAUUGGAAAAAAUAUCGAGCAAGACACGACUGACAAUGUUAAGAUCAAAAGAGAAAAAACUAGUUUAAUUAAACAAUGUUUAAUAGAUUAUACUGCUAACACUAACCUUCAUGGCUUAAAGUAUGUUGGAGAAAAGGAACGAACUACAGUGGAAAAUUUGGACAUUCCUUAUCCAGCUGUAACAUUGUGUCCAGAAAUGAAAGUUAUGCAAACAGUGUUCAAUUAUACUGAACAUUACCAUUUAAAAGAAACAAAUCCAAACACAACAGAAGAACCAGACCAUUUAUUUGAAGAUGUAAGUCUAAUCUGCAACAAAAACGUCGCUCCGUGGAUUCGUGGAAGAACAUUUUCACUUGGAAACAAAACAGUUGAAAAUAUUAAAAAGGUAUCACCAACAAUUCAUGAUAUAAUGGGGCCAUUAAUGUGGAAAGAUAAAAUUUUCCGCUCCUCAGAUUUAUUUUCACCAAUACUUACAGAAGAGGGUUAUUGUUACACAUUCAAUACUAUAGGCGCGGACGAAUUAUUUCGGAUUGAAAACCUCAACACUGACUACAAUUAUUAUGAUUCUUUGAAUAAAUCGCAGUCUUGGACCUUAGAAAAUGGAUAUUUGCCAAACACUCCGCUGGAAACUUAUCCACACAGAGGCACUGGCUAUGGUGAAAAUGCUGGCCUGCUUAAUGUAUUAAGAGCUUCAGAAAAAGAUUUUGAUUAUCUUUGUAGUGGACCCACACAAGGUUAUAAGAUCAUACUACAUAAUCCAGCAGAAUUUCCUAAAUUAUCUCAGCACUACUUCAGAAUUCCACUAGAACGAGACGUUGUCGUUGCUGUAAAGCCCAAAAUGAUGACAACUUCUAAUGGACUUAAGCCGUAUAGUCCCGUUAGACGCCAAUGGUAUUUUUCAAGUGAGCGCUACCUAAAUUUUUUUAAAGUAUACACCCAAGCCAAUUGUGAAACCGAAUGCUUAACUAAUUUUACUUACGCAAGAUGCGGUUGCGUCCACUUCGGUAUGCCACUGGAAUUAGUAACAGUUGAAAUACAAAAUAAUCUGAAGGAAGCCACAAACGCUGAUGACACUAUCGGAGAGGCCCAUCACAUAGCCACAAAUUGCAAAUGUCUACCCGCAUGCACUUCUAUUGAGUAUGAAGCUGAAACAUCACAAGCUGAUUUUAAUGUCUAUGCUCUCCUCAAAGCUAUGAAUAGUAGAAUAACUGAAACAGGCUUUCUCUACACACAAAUUAAGAUUUUCUUCAAAGAAGCACAAUUUAUUAAAGUACGCCGUUCCGAGCUCUAUGGACAUACAGACUUUCUAGCGAACUGUGGAGGUUUACUCGGACUCUUCUUGGGUUUUUCUUUACUUAGUGUCGUUGAAUUCAUAUAUUUCUUUACGCUCAGGUAA